CUUAGGCAAGGAAUAGCCUUGCGUGGGCUGCAGUGGGCCCCUCACUCGUGUACACAAUCGUCCCAGACUCUGUAGCUUCUUUACAUGAACCGGUGGCCGGAUCUGGGCUCUUGAUAGGAGCAGGACUGUAAAAAUGUUUCUAUACAUCAUGAAUAUGGUGGUGCUCGGCCUCGCCGGGUACUUUUGUGGCAAGCUGUUUGACCUGGUCAAAAAGCUGUCGGACGAGUACACAGCGCCGAUCGCAUGCACAUUGGAGGACCCCGACUCAACCACGCCGUUGGCAAGCCCCUCAAUCUUCGAGGCGCCCACGAAGGCGCUCAGCUGCAUCAUCCCCGCCUACAACGAGCAGGACCGGCUGUCCACCACUCUAGAUGAGGCGCUCAACUACCUGCAGCGGCGGCGGGACAAGCAGGGCCCGCAGUUUACGUACGAGCUGGUGGUUGUGGACGACGGAAGCAAGGAUGGAACAGCAAAUGUGGCGCGCAACUACAUCCGGCAGUAUGGACUGGACACGGUGCGGCUGCUGCGCGUGUCCGCCAACCGCGGCAAGGGCCACGCCGUGAAGCGCGGCAUGGCGGCGGCGCGCGGCGAGUUCUGCCUCAUGAUGGACGCGGACGGCGCCACGCGGUUCGCGGACCUGGAGAAGCUGGAGGGAGAGAUGGAGAAGAUCAUGCAGCCCAGCUUCGGCGCCAGCAAGGCCGCCGCCGCCGCCUCGGGCGACAGCCAGGGCGAGCUGGGGGUGGUGUUUGGCAGCCGCGCCCAUCUGGCGCAGGAUGCGGUGGCAAAGCGCUCGCCGCUGCGCAACUUCCUCACGCGCGGCUUCCACGCGCUCGUGUACUUCGUGGCGGGCGGCCGCAUCCGCGACACGCAGUGCGGCUUCAAGCUGUUCACCCGGCGUGCCGCCGCGGUGCUGUUCUCCAACGUGCGGCUGCAGCGCUGGUGCUUCGACGUGGAGCUGCUGUACCUGGCGGAGCAGCUGGGCAUCCCCGUGGCGGAGGUGUCUGUGAACUGGACCGAGAUCCCUGGGUCCAAGAUCCGCUUCACCUCCAUCCUGCUCAUGGCAACAGAGCUGCUGAUCAUCAAGAUGUGCUACCCGGUCCUGGGCAUCUGGUCUAUACACUCAGAGCUGACGAUGGCCAAGAAGACGUCAUAAAUGUGCUUGACGUGCCACAAUGGGCAUGUGAGGCUUCGUAGGGGCGGUGCGGAGCAUGGACGUCAGGAGCUUCGACGCCGGGAGAGGACCCUGCGCGCACCGGAGCGAAUGGGGACAUAGCUAAGGCUUGGAGAUGGUGGUCGGAGCUUGAAGCUGUGAAUGGCAGAGGACAAACAGUUUGGCUGUUGUGAGUAGCUGAGGAGCACGCGAGUUCAGAGCGAUGGGCCAGAGCCCAGAAACUCGCUUAGUACGGUGCGCACGGUCACGGGGAGAACGCCAAGAAGAAAGCCCUUGGGCGGAAGGCGGCGUUGGCAGGGGCGAGCAAGAGAUGCGCGGGAGGUGAUGGACCGACUGCGCACCUUCAACGAGGCCUGCAUCUGGAACUCCUGUGUAUUGAUGCCCCGUGCAACGGGAGGCGGAAGUGAUGUAAUUCCGCGGCUGA